UGUUUAUACCAGCCCCCUUUCCCGUACAAGGCGACUGUUUUGUGACUGUGGACACCAUGGUUUGGGAGGUGGUGACCCCGGCCGUGCUGUCCAGCGACCCCAAACAUCAGAAUGUGCGGGACUGUGAGACUCAGGGUGAACACACAGGAGUGAUGAUGGAUGCAGACGGAGACCAAUCACGUGACCUGCUGUGCUGUGAGGAACGCCUCCCCUCCUCGCCCGGCUUCCCCACCAGUGACAGUUACAUGGAAUACGACGACCUCCCAGACCUGCAGGAGGUUCAAGAGGAGGCGGAGCCAACAGCGCCAUCUGUCUACCAAGUGGACGUGUGCGUGUCGCACCAGGAGCGACACGCACACGCGCAGCCUCCCGACACACACUGGCUGACGCAGCUGGCUCACAUCGCCACGGGACCCCAGAGCCCACUGCUGCAGGAGUCUCCUCACAGCGGCACCAGCUGUAAUCUACAUUCCUACGCUCGGCCUCCUCCCCCUCUCCCCAGCGGCACCUCGUCGCCCCCCAGAGGUCACGGCAGGGAGCGUCGGCGCAGCAGGAAGAGCAGUGAAUGUGGGUCUGCAGUGUCAACCAGAUCCUCUCUGUCUGAUGACGAAGACAUGGGCUGGAGCUUCUCCUGGCCCCCCACGGCCUGGCACUGCUUUCUCAAAGGCACUCAUCUGCGUUUCCACACCGGCUCUAAUGUGGAGUGGCAGGACGUGGAGGACCUGGACUCUGCUGAGGAAGACUCUGGUGAUGAGGAGCAAUCCAGAUCUCUGAAGAGUUAUGGCUCCGAGGGUCUGCAGCUGGUGGAGCAUUCAGAGAUCGUGUUGUCUGGUCAGGCUGUCCUACAGCUGACCUUUGACCCCGGGGCAUUCGGACAUGCCCCCCUGACCGCCCGGUGCCAACUUCAUCACCCCUUCUACGUCAAAAACAGAGGCUGGUCGUCAUUUUACCCGAGCUUGACCGUGGUGCGUCAUGGGAUACCGUGCUAUGAAAUGGAGGUGGGAGGUGUGUGCCUUCCUCCAGGACACAGAGAUGCCAAACACACCGACGACUCACUGGUGUUUGACACAUUCAGGAGUUACGAUUUCACUCCUCUGGAUUCCUCUGCGGUUUACGUGUUGAGCAGUAUGGCCAGACGGCGGCGAGCCUCCCAGUCCAGCGGGGGAGCUGCUUCUCCAGACAGAGACACACUGCAAGACGCCCACAGUCCUGGUCACUCCCACUCUCCUCGUCAAAAGCCAACCAAAAGCCAGAAUGCCAGCACAGCAGGAAGUAGUAAUGCCACGCCCACCAAGUGCAAGCGGCCAAUGAACGCCUUCAUGCUGUUUGCCAAGAAGUUCAGGGUGGAGUACACACAGAUGUACCCGGGCAAGGACAACAGAGCGAUCAGCGUCCUCCUUGGUGAGCGGUGGAAGAAAAUGCGAACUGAGGAGCGGCGGGUGUUCACCGUACAGGCCAAAGCCCUCGCAGACGAACAGAAAAGACUCAACCCAGACUGCUGGAAACGCAAACGAACCAACUCUGGUUGUCAGGGAAAUUAAGGUUGCAGACAUGAAGAAGAAGGAUCUGCAUGGCCUGUAGGAGUACUCACACCACACACAACACACACACACACCACACACACCCACACACACCACACACCACA